UUCGAUUUUGAACAAGUUUUUUAGAAUUCAUGCUUCAGUGAAUUUCGUGGAAAAGCAAACCUUCCAGUUUCAGUUCUUGGAAAAAAUAUUUUUAUUCACAAAUAUAACUCCGCUAGUAAAUUAAAACAUGUGCAUUUAAAAUAUCAUGCAAAAAGAGGCAUAUUUCACUGAAGGUAAGAUCUUGGCAUCUGUUGCCCACAUCUAGGCGGCUACCAAUGGUACAGCAAGCGAUGAGUGCAGCCACUCGCGCAGGCGCAACGAAUGAGGAAUCCCUCCACUUCUUGGAAACCAUUUUUUCAACCCCGGACCUGGGUGUCCUGGCGCUAGAGUCCAAGUGCAGACGUUUCUGCGACCAUUACACUAGCAUCGCUCCCGAGGACAGACUCAGGUUCCUGACCACUCUGUCCAAACAAUAUGGGGUUAACCAGGAAGCUGUCGUACAGGUGGCUAGAAGUGUUGUCAGUGCCCAGGAAAAAGGGGAAACGCUUUUGCUGAUGACGGAAGAACGCUUACGUCACACGUUAAUACCGCAGUAUCAGCAGCUCUUCAGCAAGAUUGGUCGACUUGAAGGAGGAGUCAAAUUCUUGGUCGAUAUGCGUGCAGAUAUUCUGACACACCUUCCAGGGGUACAGAGUGAGGAGUACAAAGCGCACAUGCGCAUCCUUCAGCAGACGAUCCGAGAUCUACUGGCCCUCUGGUUCUCUGUUGGCUUCCUCCAUCUCCAGAGAAUCACGUGGCAAAGUCCGUGUGACAUGGUCCAAAAGAUUUCUCAGUACGAGGCGGUACACCCUAUCCGUGACAUGACUGACCUGAAGCGCCGUGUUGGGUCGUAUCGUCGAUGCUUCGUCUUCACCCACGGGAGUAUGCCGGGGGAGCCAGUGGUCGUUCUACACACAGCACUCACGGGAUCCAUCUCCAGCAGUAUCCAUUCAAUUUUAAAAACACCUACAUUCUCUGGAAGACGACCAGAAACCGAUUCUUCCAGCGAUGGAGAUGUAGAGGAAAAAGAGGAACUCUCCAAAAUAUCGGCAGCCAUCUUCUACUCUAUUACAUCAACUCAAAAAGGACUUCAAGGGGUAGACCUAGGGAAUUACCUCAUCAAGACGGUAGUCAAAGAGCUGCAGAAUGAAUUCAGUGGAAUUACUCAGUUUUCCAGUCUGUCUCCUAUCCCGGGGUUUAAAACCUGGCUAAUUAUCGAAAUCAACAAAGCACUGAACUUAAAAGAUAUUGGCGAACAUUCGGAAGAGCUUCUUUUAUUGAGUGAAAUUGAAGAGCUAAAGAAUUUUCUGGGUAUCAGCGAAGAAAGUGUUCUAAAAACUGUCAAAGACUUGAUUCAGACUCACGCAUGGAUACAGAAUGAACAGAUAUGUGACGUCAUCAAAAAGCCAUUGAUGAGGCUCUGCGCGCGGUACUUGCACAGAGAGAAACGCCGGGGAUUCGCGCUUAAUCCUGUUGCAAAUUUUCACCUCGGUAACGGUGCAGUACUAUGGCGACUGAAUUGGAAGGCGGAUAUGUCCAUACGUGGAAUUAACCAGUCGUGUGGCAUGAUGGUCAACUACCGCUACUAUCUGGAGAGUACGGAGGAAAACAGCCGGAAGUACUUAGAGAAUCAGGUCAUCCAAACCACCCCGGAUUUCCUCAGUAUACUAGCAGUAGAACACGCGGUGUAAAUUUAUGCUAUUUUCUAUUAUUUUCAAAUUUUAUUUUGAUUUUGUUUUAAUGAUAAAACUACAGAACAGGAAGUUCUACCGAUGUUUCAUUAGUAUUUGAGCAUUAUGUGAUGUACAUGUGUUUUGUGUGACUUCUGGUCCAAUCUUGUUAAAUCUUGAUUGUUAGAUUGAAUGGCUGUAAGUGCUCUAAUAUAUGUCAAUGUAAAUAUACAUGGUGCUUUCUUCUGUGUAUCCAUUUGUUGACAUUGAUGUAUGUAUAUGUUAAAGCUAUGCUUUUGUUGCUCAUAGAUAACAAAUCUUCAAAAAUAUUACUGAUGAAAGUCAUAUUUGUAUAUUUGACUCAUUUGUUGUUAAUUUAUCUUCUGUACAGCAAUAGUGUUUUCCUAUACGAGAGUACUGAGAUUGGUAAUUCAUAACCACUCGGUUUCUCAUUUUGUUAUUCAGGUAAAUUCAUUAGUAUGGGAGAUAAUUACUUCGUCUGAUUUUUUGAUAAUAUAUCAUUUUACGUGUAUGUGAUAAUACCAUAGGUUCGUCAGCUUCAUAAAUGUAAAUGAAAGUUCAUAUUAUAAUGUUUGUGUUGCAUGUGUACAUUGAUUAUACAUGUAAAUAAUAAAAUGAAUAACCAGU